AUGUUGAUCACUACUGGUAUCAUCGCGUCUGAAGAAGUGCUGAAUGUCAACCUUGGCAACACUGUGGUCUCGACGGUUGCUUCAUGCAUUGGUGCCAGUCAGAUCAAGAGAAUGGGCCGUCGACCAACCAACAUCUGGACAGCUGUGGCUUGUUGGUUUUGCUUCCCGCUGGCUUUCAAGAAUAUUGGUUGGCACACCUACAUUGUGUUCAUUGUUUGGGAUUUGUUCGAGGCGAGCGUGACAUACAUUUUCUCUGUAGAGACUAAGAACCAUACACUGGAAGAGCUCUCCGAGAUAUUUGAAAGUCUAAACCCUGCCAAGGCUUCUUUACAAAAGCCAUUGCUGUUAGACUCUUGA